AGCCUCCCAGAUUCCACAGCCUCUACUCUCAAGUCCCAGCUGGCCCUCAGCUCACUUGCAGGGUGGUCUCCAUUGGCUCUCAGAGUCUGUGCCCCCCCAACCCCCUCUAAUGUGUCCCUGUCGCGGGGCCUCUGUGCCGGCCGGGGGGAGGGCUGGGGUGUGGAUUCCCAGCACAGCUGGGCUCUGAGGUUUCCCAGAAGGCCUCUCUCCCGCCUUCCCCCAUCACACACAUUGUUCCUCUCAGGCUGUUUUUUCCUGUCCAGGACCCUCCAAGGCCAAACCAAGGCUGAUUGGCAGUGCCUGCUGCCCUACCCUCUCCACCUGGGGAAACUGAGUCGAGGGGAGGGGUUCAGAGAGUUCUUUGUGGGGGUGGCUGCCUGCUUCCUCCCCCAGCCUGGCUUGGAACUCAGGGGGUUCCCACCAUCUGCCCCAGGGUAGAGAUGCACAGUGAGACCCCACUGGCCUUCCCUGCUGCCAGUGACUGGCUCUCCAGCCUCUGCUGCAGACGUGGUGCCUGCACCUGCCCACCCUGCCCUUCCCAAGGCCAUGUCCAGUCACUGGCCCCCUAGGUCUCUGUCCACACGACCUGGAUCACCCUAGACACAACCCAUGACUUCUUUGCAUGGCUUUCCUACAGCUGCUUCAGUACAGCUGAAACGCUUGGCCUGCUGGCACCCCACACCCAUCUACACACAUUCCUCCUCUACCAGGAUGGUGUUAGGGCCCAGGCUGCCUCCACGACUUGAGGUGCCUCAGUUUGCCGCCUGUCCCAAUUGUCAGUGCCCCGCAUUGCCCAGCCCCCACUCUGGAAGUCGCCUGUCCCUGACACUGCUGUGGCAAAAAGAAGAGGGUGAAAUCGCGCCUUGCAGCAUCCCCGCCCCCAGUCCUUUCCAGGAAGCCCUAAACUGCGUCGCCACUUGCAGGUGUCAGCUGCCCCGCCCCUCCUCCCUCCGCCUUAAAGGGGUCGCGUCUCCCGGGGCCUCCCAGGGGCAUCGACGGCACCGCGGGUCCCGUGAGCUCUCCUUGGCCGCGGUGCGGGAGGUGGGCAUCCGAGUCCUAAUCCUGCCCUUCUGGAGUGGUGUGGCUCAUUCGGCCUCAGUUUGCACAGUCUGUGAAGUGGGAACGCCCUGAUUUCCUGGCUCUAAAGCAGGUGCUCAGGGCAUUUUCCAGGCCCGGGGAGGGGGCGGGGCCGCACCCCGGAGGAGCCGCUUCGCCCACCGGUUUCUCAGACGCCGGCCCGCCCCACCCCCACGAUGACCGCCCACAUCCUCCUUCUGUUACUCGUCGCCUCCUCCAUCCUGGGGGAUCCGGACUCGGCGGGCAGGCGGCCCCAGCCCCACGUCUCCCAGCAGCGCGGGCGCCUCUGUUCCCUGGGCACGUGCCAGACCCACCGCCUGCCAGAGAUCAUAUACUGGCUCCGGUCUGCCUCCACCAAGGAGCCCUCGGGGAAGGCUGGCCGCAAGCCUCAGGACCCCCACAGCUACGGGCGUCGCCGGCGGCGCGAGGCCAGAGUCCCGCUACGUCUCCAGGACCCCAGCCUGCGGCAAGGCCAGAGCAGUACCCAGCUCGCUGGGUGAUGCUGGGCACAUCUCUGCUCAUCCCCUGGCUUCAGUUUACCCAUUUGUGUAUUGGGGGCCGUGACCUCAAGUUUCAAGACCCCCUAACUCCACCUCCUGGGCUCUCCCCGCGCUGUGACUGGGCUGGACCCACGUGCACACCGGCCCCAGAAGGGACAAAGAAUAUUAACGUCCAGAGCUGAAUAAAACGAGAGUUCCGUGUUUCA